AUAGUUACGUGUCGGACAUUUUUCAAUUAACCUUACCUGUUGCUAUUGCUUUUUGUAAAUGUUCGUUCCCUACAGAAUCCAGAUUACUGACUCUUAUGGUUUUCAUAUCUGAGAGUUUUGUACAUUGCUUAUGGCCUAAUAACAUUCUCAAUGUGUAAUGGGAGCACAUUGUACUUAAAUAAUUUGAAAUUAAUUUUCGAUAAAAUGAAGUUGAGUUACACAAAUUUUUCCGAAAAUACUAUUGUUCUGCCACUCUUUUAAUUCUAAGGUAUGAUUUUAAACUCGGAUCGAUGCUUUAAAGACUGAAAAACUUAGCUCUGUAUUAGUUAUCCAUCAUGGCCGUAGUCCUUCAGUCCCUACUACACAAAUCUGAAUCUGAAAUCUGCAUGCUUCCAUAUAUGGUCAGUGACCCUUUGAAGAAGUCAACCAAAAGUGUCGGCAAUGCUAAGUAAACCCUAAUUAUUUAGCCCACUAAUUUCUGGAACUCGCCCUGAUCUUUUAAAUGAAUCAUUUUUGAAGCUACUUGCUUUCAUGUGUUACUAUUGAGCUUUCAGAAGAAGGAAUAAGAUAUCAAUGAACUUAUGUUAAUCCUUACAAAUCGUGGUACUGUGCAUACCCAACCACGCUCUGAACGUGACAACAUAAGGGUUGUUAUUGCGUGUUCUAGUAGACAAUUCAGGCUAUUUACUAUUCUGUGAGAGUAUAAAAAAUCUAGACCUAAAAGAUUCGAUAUUGGUUUUUAAACUUCCCUAGAAUGUUUUCGCAGAUGGUCAGUCCUGAAUGGGAGUAAGAUUUAGGACAUGUUAAUACUCAGAUCAUUGUUCAGUAUACGGUGAGCCAUUAUUAUACUAUUUCGUAACCUGCAACAAGAUAACAGUAAUACGUUGAGGCGCACUUGUUUUCUCUUAUCGUUAGAAAGUUACUUGUCUUGUCCACGGUUAUAUAAUGGACUCCAUAACGUUCCAGUUUUGAUUUAGGACACGGAUGGGAGUCCAUGUUGAAAGGUUUACUAAGAUCUGUGAAAAAUACAUCUACAGAAUUACUUUCAAUUUAGCUGUAUCCCAAUCUUUUCUCGCAGUGAGCAGGUUUUUCAAGCAUGACAAGCUUAUUCCAACUCUUAACUACAUGUUUCGUGGUCUUUGGGACCCUUUUCAAUCAAUUUCAGUCGCCAUGGGCACGAGGACUUGUAUACAUUUUUCGUUUGUGCCUUACUUGCCUGUAGUGAAUGUUGAACUUACGUUUGCCUCCCUUCCACACACAAACCGUUAUAAAACAUUUAGCUGCAGCGAAAUGGCAAUGAGCCGUAAUCAUAACUGACCAUUUAUCUAAGCCACUGUGAGAACAGAUUAAUAUCAGAAACUACCCACUAAUUUUGUGGUUUAUUCGUUUUUAACUUCCCCCAGCCUAAAGGAAUCGAUACUUUUAGUUCAGCGUCUAAGUUGACACCUACAAUGAGCAGCAUAUUUUGUGACGCUACCUGUAGAUUCGAUUCUGUGAUGAAAGGAAACUUGUAAAUGAGGAUAAUUCUUACUUAACUAUUUAUGGCUUUUUCCUUGUCCUAUUCUUUCAUUAUUUAAGAUGCAAUUGUCUUGCUACCAAUGAAGCGAUUGCAGCUCAUAUCGUUUAAAAACACUUAAGCGUGAUGGAACUCUAGGGAACUACAUACAUUAAUCCAUGUUUCAUGAUGAUUCUCAAAGUAUUAUGAGUAAGGACUUAGUUUGGAGACUUUCAGCUGAAAUGUAAGUAAUAUAACCAUGUCGAUCUAUGUGGAUGAAGUCACAGUUAAGCUAAGAAGCAUUAUUCAUAUCUCAGACUAGUUAGAUAAAGCAUUGAGAUUAGAUUAAAGGUCAUCUAACCCGUUAUUUUUUUAUUUUCUUGCAUCAGCACAAUUUAUCACGAAAGAUUCGAUAAUAAUAGAUGAUGUUCUUUUCAUAAAAAAUACACCAAACGAAAUUUCGCAUCAUUACUUAAGGAACAUUAGUUUACAGUGAUUUUAAGUACUAAAGUUUUCGUUGCACUUCCAGUCAACAGGAGACUUUUUAUUUAUGUGAGUAGAUUCCAUGAGACUUAUGUUUCUUAAUCUUAAUAAAAGUCAAAUAUAUGGAAUCCUGCUAAACAUUUAACGAAUGUUAGAGCAAAGGAAAUUCACUGACUUCCUAUUGUUCAUAGAAUUUGUUCAGCGAAAAAUGAGAAGUUAUAAAAAACUAAUAAUAAACAGUUAUAGUCAGCUGACUAGCAAGAACUUUGUUUUUAAAACAGAUAAAAAUUAAAUAUAUUUUUAUAUGAACCAUUUCUAGUCUAAAAUUAGUCUGACAAAACGUAAUUACAAGACAUUGUCACCUCCCUUUGAUAUAUUUUUUCCCAAAUCUCCAAGCAAAUUAUAAGAGUGCUAAUGAACAAGUGUCUACCAACCUAUUACAUCCAUUUUAAAGGCUUAAAAUCAAUAACCCAACCGUUUCUGUUACCUUGACAUGGUGGUCGAACUUGCCUAUCGUAAUGAACUAUUCGAACUAUACUGGCUGAAACAAUCGUUUUUCAAGGUCGUAUCAUGACAAACAGGUCGGUUGAGGAACAGUAAGACUAAAAGCAGCAAAAAUAUAGGGUCGGAGGGUAAAGUUUUACUGCUGACUAUACAGAGAUGUGACGGCAGUAGGGUGUUUCCUUCAUAUAACCAGCAUAACAGCUACGCUGCCUUAGAAAAGGUCCACCCUAAAAAUGCACAUCUCCCCUUAUCCCACGGAUAUCCGUCUCCAGCGGUAAGGUUUCUACAAGUAAGGAUCUAAUAGAAGAAUUACACACACGAAGAUCGUGUGUGACCGGUCUCAAUUAGUCGUCUCUUGGGCAUUGCGGUCACCCUCUCAUGUCCUUAAGACCAAUUCUAAUACAAUUUCCUUUCUAGGUAAAUCUAGAAGAACCUUUCAGAUGGUGGUUGGAGGUAGUCAGUACAUAGUGCCCGCAGUGUCGAGUCACCUAGACUGGUGGCCACAUUGCAACAUGAUCGGUAGCAUUCGAUCUGCACUAAUAAGGACUAGACAAGCAUGACACUGAUCACCACCCAGUGAUCAAUCAAUUAUGAUUAGAAGAACCUUUCCACGGUGUGCGAAACCGGUAAGUGAUAACCGCUCUCAUACCUCUAACAGCACUCAAGACCACUGUAUUCGUGGUCAAUUUCCCUCUUUAAUUCCUAUUCACCAUGCUUUGCAACUCAUCCAGUACUAUGUGCCCACAGUCAUAUGCUUUACUGUGAUAUUGCUGGUUUUCAGAUUACACAUUUAUAUGUGGUAUCUCUUGGCAUAAUUCAAACUGGUUCAAAAAAUUCGGAAGUAUAUCAUUCCUAAAUCCCCAUUAUAAAAUAUCAUUUGUAUAUUGAUUGUCAUUCUGCUUAUGAGAUGAUAUUCGUAAACCAAAAGUGAUAGAGCUAUAUCAAACUUUUAUUGCGUCUUAGUCGAAAUUUUGAUGCGUUAAAAAGCAGCACAUAUUCCUUCAGUUUAGUCGGUACUAUGGCGAGCAAUAAGGCAAGAUCUAUACUACUAAUUCAGUAGUGAGAAUCAAACAGGAAAAAUGUUGAACUAGGAAACUAUCAACUAAUUAACAUUCUGUUUUUUGAUUUCUGUCACAGUAGAAUAAAUUACCAAUAUCUCAGUACAUGUAAUUGCAAUAUCGGGUCUAAAAAAUUUAAUGAAAAUUGUAAGACCAUGAAACACAGAAUUUCACCAUGUCUUUGGUCAGUUUCGACAGCUUGACUCCAACCGCUUUGGAAAAUAAGUAGUUGUAUUAUUAUCGAUUAUUUUUUAUUGUUCAAUAUGAUGAACCGAUUAUAGGCAUUAACCAUUUUCAUUUUAGAUCUAGUUCAACAUUAUUUCUCCAGAAAAAUGCCAAGACCAGCUUCAGCUCAAUCUGAACAAGAAGACAAUACUGAUUUACUAUUAAUUGAAGAAUAUGAACGAUUAAAUAAUCAAUUAAGAAUAUUACAAAAUGAACGUCAAAAACAAACUGAAGAAUUUACUGUUAAACUAGGAAAAUAUAAGUAAUGUUAUGAUAAUAUACAUAAUUAUUUUACCAAAAACAAAACCAAAAUCUAGAAAAGCUACAGAAAUAUUAGAAAAAGAAAAUGAAGAAAUUAAAUGUUUGUUAACAUUAGUAGAUAGUGAACAAAAUAGAAAACAAGAUAUGAAAUGUAUUGAACAAUUAAAACAAAUUUUAAAAGAGCAAGAUAAUAUACAAUUACAAAUUGAUGAGUUAAAAACUUAUGGAAAACGUUUAGAUAAUGAGACACGUAAAAUAGAAAAUCUUAUCCAAGAAAAACAACAAAUUCGUAUGAUACAAACUAAAAAAGAAACUGAGACCAAUGAAUUAAAAUUACAAAUUGAAAAAAAAUUAGUUACGAUGGAAAAUAAUUUACAUGAAAAAAAUAUGAAAUUUUGUGAUACAUUAGCAUAUAAUAAUAAAAUACGCCAUGAAAUAGAAUGUGCUAGAAAUGAACGAAAUAUUUAUUAUGCAAUACAUCAAAAAUUAAAAGAUAAAUUAAUACAUUUAAAUAAAUUAAAAAUUAAAUUAAUUCAACAAGCAAGUCUUACAUAUGAUCAAAGAGCGGAUGCCAAAAAUAAAAGUAAUGCAUUAAAAGAAAAAAAUGAUAAAGAUAAUAUUGGAUUUGAAACUGAAAUGAAAGAUUUACAAAGAAUUAUUGAUCAUAAUGAUCAAUUAAAAAAAUUUAUGACAAUUAAAUCAGAUGAACGUUUAGAUUGGAAACAGAAAGCAGAAAAUCGUCGACGUAAAUAUGGUGCUACUGGUGAAAUAGCACAACAACAAAGAAGUUUAAAAAUUCAAGAAUAUGAAUCAGCAAUGAAUCGUUUACAAUUAAUCACUGGAAAAUCUGAUGUUGAACAAAUGACUAGAUAUUAUAAACGUAAUGAAGAUGAUAACUUUACAAUGUUUAAAUAUGUGACUGAAUUAAACAAUCAGAUUGAAUGCUUAAAUGAUAAUAUCAUAAAUAUAAAGAAAACAAUUAAUGAAUACGAUGAAGAACAAAAAGUAAUUGAAAGACAAAGAGUUAAUAAAAUGACUGAAUUACAGGCACAAAUCAAGUCCGAUAAAGAAGCAGCUAAUACAGCUGAAAAUCGUACAAUACAUAUACAUAAAUUAUUAGAUCAAAUUAAAACAGAAAUAAAACAGUUAACUAUAAAACUUGGUUGUGAUUUAUCUAGAAUAACCGAAAUGCUUGGCGGUGAUGGUGAUCAAAUAACUGAACGAAAUUUAAUGCUUUAUCUUAACGUAUUAGAACAAAGAGUAGAUGAAUUAUUAUCAGUUAAAUGUUAUUCACAAACUAAAGGACAUAGUGAUGAGAUAAGUCAAGAAAAUCCGAAGAUAACUUUGGCAACAAAUUUCAUGGAAACCGUAAGAACAAACAGAGAUACAUCACUUGUAUUACCGUCUUUACAAGAUGAAGAUGAUACAAAUGAUGAUGAAAAUACACCAACAUCAAUUCGUCCAUUAUCACAAGCUGAAAUAAUUGGUCGAGUUACACGUCAAUUACAAAAAUUGGAAGCGAAACACCAUCCAUCUAUGAAUACAAAUAAAACUUACAGUCGUGUGUCAUCACCUAAUAGGCGACUAAAAAUUCGUAUGUAAAUGAAAACGAAUUCUUUCUUAAAUAAUAAUAAUAAUAAUAAUAAUAAUAAUAAUAAUAAUAAUAAUAAUAAUAAUCAUAGAGUAUCGACUAAGACAUUACUUUUUGAAAAAUGUAAUGAUACCAUCCCAAUUUUAAGUAGGGAAAAAGUAUGCAUUAACUUACAUAUUUGAAAUACACACUGCAUGAUUGAUCUUAUAAUCAUGAAUAAUUUAAUUGUUAUAGAUAAAAAUAUUAAUAUUAUUGGA